CACUUAACCCCACUUUUUCAUGUCAAAUUAAAUGUGUUUUUUAGUUCGUGUAGUCGGUUUGGAGACGUUUUGAAGUGAACACGUGCGAAAUGAGAACUUAUUCGCAUCGGUUUAGUUAAAAGAGAAGUUUCCGAUUAGAAAAUCGCAUCGUCACUAAUUCCUUUUUAAGAUUAAAUGACUACUUUAACCAGUUUUACGUGACAUAAACCCUUUGACUUAAUUUUUUAAUCAUUAAUUUCAAUUUUCUCGUCACGUAAAGCGUUUUGCACCGAGUGAUUUCCCGUUUUUCGACUUGAGAUUAAUUCGAGAUGGCGAUUAAAGACUUAAGAAAAUUCCUCCAAAUCUAUUGGAGAGCAAUCUUCGUAGUAAUUUUCCCCCUAAUCCUUCUCCCCGUUUUCACCUCCAACAACACCCCCGCAUUGCGAUGUCUCUACGUGGUCCUAUUAAUGGCAGGACUUUGGGUGACCGAAGCCCUCCCGCUCCCAGUAACAGCCCUAAUCCCCAUGGUCCUUUUCCCGUUAAUGGGAAUAUUGGAUUCAGAUCGAACAUCGGUUUGUUAUCUAAAAGAAACCAACAUGAUGUUCGUGGGCGGAUUAAUAAUCGCAAUCGCAGUCGAGUAUUGCAACCUACAUCGAAGAGUGGCCCUUUACGUUAUUUUACUCGUUGGAUGUAGCCCUAGGAAAUUAAACUUCGGAUUAGUCGCGGUCGCAAUGUUCGUUUCUAUGUGGAUUUCGAACACGGCCGCGAUCGCCAUGAUGUGCCCGAUUAUGGAGGCCACCUUAAAGGAGCUAGAAAGCCAAGGAAUCGGAUCUGUUUAUGAAAAAGACGAAGAAAUUGAAGACGGCGAUAAAGAAAAUAACAAAGAAAAAAAUGAUGUUGUUGCAAAAGAAGGCGAACCGAAUCAACAAAAACAAAUUGAGCAAAAAAGACCGAGCAAAACGACGAUUUGUUAUUUUUUGGGGGCCGCCUAUGCUUCUAGUAUUGGGGGGAUGGGGUGUAUUGUUGGAAGUGGAACCAAUUUAACGUUUAAAGGAAUUUACGAAACACGUUUUCCAAACAGUCCGGGAGUUGAAUUCGCCGCUUGGAUGUUUUUGAACGUGCCGAUAAUGUUGGUGACGAUGUUUUUGACGUGGAUUUGGCUCCAAGUAAUGUACAUGGGAAUGUUCAGGCCGAACUCUGAAGACGCUAAACGAAUCAGGCUUGGAAAACAAGGGGAACAGGUGGCGCAAAAAGUCAUCCGGCAGAAAUUGGAGGAAAUGGGGCCGAUUAGUUUCCACGAGGCGAUGGUUGGAUUGAUGUUCGUUUUGGCUGUGUUUUUGUGGUUCUUCCGUAAACCGCAAUUUAUACCCGGAUGGACCGAAUUUAUCACCGAUAUGAAGGUUAAAGACGCAACGGCUGCAUUAAUCGUCGUGAUGCUUUUAUUCAUCAUCCCAGCGAAACCCGAUUUUAUUUAUUGGUUCAAAACGGACAAAUCGGAGCGAGCAAAAACUCCAUCUCCAGCUUUAAUAACAUGGAAAGUCGUGCAACAAAAAUUACCGUGGGGGCUAAUUUUUCUAUUAGGGGGUGGAUUUGCUUUAGCAGAAGGCUCAAAUGUGAGCGGAAUGAGCAUCUUAAUCGCUGAUAGUUUGGGCCCUUUAGCCAAAUUACCGCCGUUCGCUGUUUUAGUGAUCGCAUCCACUUUCGCGAGUAUUUUGACGGAAUUUUCGAGCAAUGUGGCCGUUGCGAACGUUUUAUUACCCGUUUUGGCCGAGAUAUCUUUAGCCGCAAAAUGGCACCCUUUGUACCUGAUGAUGCCUGUUGCAUUGGCGUGCUCGCACGCGUUUUGUCUUCCAGUGGGAACCCCCCCUAACGCAAUCGCAGCGGCCCCUUGCAACAUCCCAACCAAAGAAAUGGUCAAAGCCGGAUUAGGCGUUUCGAUCAUUUCGAUUUUAGUCCUUUUCGCUAUUUUCCCACUUUUGGGGCCACCCGUUUUUGGAGUUAACGAAUUCCCCGCGUGGGCGGGAAAUGUUACUAGAGUUUAAGCAAAAACCGUUAAAAUAUAUAAAUAUAUAUUUUAUAUACGAUUAAUCUUAUAUAUUUUGUAAGGACUGCAGGAUUAUGUGACAAUAUUAAUUAAUUAAUGUUAUUAGACAAUAAUGGAGGACAAAUUAAUUAUUAGUUUAGUUAAUUCAUUUUGUGUCGUUUUCAAAUCGCAUAUCGUUAAGUAAUUCUUUUGUAUAUAAAACGAUGUUCCAUGAUACAAGAGAAAAUAUAUUCAUAUAUAUUCUUAAA